AUGAGCAAGCCUAAUGAGCCACCUAAAACUCAAGAAUUCCACCUCCUGCCGAAGAUAAUAAACGGCAGCAUCGCGGGUAUUGUCGGUGUCUCCGUGGUGUUCCCGAUAGACUUGGUCAAGACUCGAUUGCAGAAUCAAACCGUUGGCCCAAAUGGCGAGAAACAGUAUAAAAACAUGUUGGACUGUUUCAAAAAGACGUACAGGGCUGAGGGCUACUUCGGCAUGUAUCGGGGAUCCGCGGUGAACAUCCUUCUCAUCACGCCUGAGAAGGCAAUAAAGCUGGCCGCCAACGACAUGUUCCGCUUCUACCUCACGCGAAAAGACGGAUCGCUCCCGAUUACGAGUCAAAUGCUCGCCGGCGGUAGUGCGGGCGCCUGUCAGAUCGUGAUCACAACGCCCAUGGAGCUGCUCAAAAUUCAGAUGCAGGAUGCCGGGCGCGUGGCGGCCCAGGCGAAGGCCGAGGGCCGCACAGUAGAGCGGAUAACGGCGACUAUGCUCACGAAGAGGCUCCUUAAGGAGCGAGGAAUAAUCGGCCUGUACAAGGGCAUCACCGCGACGGCCGCCAGGGACAUCUCCUUCAGCAUCGUCUACUUCCCGCUCUUCGCGACCCUCAACAACAUCGGUCCCAGCGGACCGAGUGGCCCCCCGUUCUGGUGGUCCUUCAUCGCUGGUUGUGCCGCCGGUUCCACAGCAGCGUUGGUAGUGAACCCGAUGGAUGUAAUAAAGACAAGAAUGCAGACACUCACGAAGGGCUCCGGGGAGCGCCAGUACUCCUCCAUAAUGGACUGCGCUUUAACAACAUUGAAGAAUGAAGGUAUAACCGCGUUCUUCAAAGGCGGUGCCUGUCGUAUGAUGGUCAUCGCUCCAUUAUUCGGUAUUGCUCAGGCUGUAUACUAUAUAGGCAUAGCCGAAGCUCUAUUAGGUCUCAAAAAG